UAUACUUCAUUCUAGUCUCCAUCUGCAUCACACCUUUAGCAGGAAACUGGAUGUUUCCCCAUUCAUUUGAUUAGUGUUCUUUCCCGUCUCUGUAAAGUGAAUAGAUUCUGCAAAUAGCCCUCCUAUUGAGAACAACAAACACUAGCCUCCUACAAGAAGAUGAAGAGUAAAAUUUUGAUUGUGCUGACUGUCCUGGUGGUCUUCAUAGCAGUGGCCCAGUCCUUGACCUGUAAGCAGUGCAGUGUGGGGCUCUUUGGGACAUGUUUCUUUCCCAAAAACAUGGUGUGUGACAACUCCACUCUCAACUGCUUCACCGGAGAAGCAAAAUUCAAUUCCACUGAGAUUCUGACACUCCACACCCGUGGUUGUCUGGACUCAGACCUGUGUGGCAAGACCAUCACUGCAACCAUCUUUAGUGCUGGUGUCACGAGCAGCUCCUCAUGCUGCCAGACAGACCUGUGUAACGGGGCCAGCUCCGUCCAGGUCUCUGUGACUGUGGCACUCAGCGCCGCCCUGAUGGCCUGGGGUGUUUAGACUGGACAAACAAUGACUUCUGUUCACAGUGUUGUUUAAACCUGUUACACUUCUGUUCACACUGUUUCACACUGUUUAAACAGGUUUCAGACUACUUUGUCUCCAUCCUCUAUUAACUAGGUUUGGCACAGUGAGCUCAGAAUUUGUCUUAAACUCCUCAUCUACUUUAAUAACAUUUAUCAACUGAAUAAUACUUGCAACUAUGAUACGCAACAACUUAAAGUGCCUUUACACUACUCUACUGAACACACAUACAAAUACUGUAAUAUUAUUCUGAAUAAUAAAGGAAUUAAGUUGUGUCACAAAAUGGGGAAAAAAGGUGCUGUUUUUCAUUGUUGACACAAUAAUGUCCUCUACACUUUUAUAUUCAGACAUUUUAAUUGAGAAUGUACUGUUUGGACAAAAUUCUGAAACAAUAAUGGAUGUUUGCAUGAUAAUAAGUUGAACAAAUACUGCUUUAGUUAGGAGGCUGCCAAUCUGUCAAACAUAAGAAACUGUAACUGAGUAAAUGGUCAAAUAAAUUCAAGACAAACUUAUACAUCUAGGGUUAGGGUUAGGCUAUGGCUCAGGUAAGGGUUGAGCCAGUGUGUGGACAUCAAGCUAGUGUCCGUGUACAUCAUUUGGGUGUCUAUUCACAUUAGCCUACGUUAAUGUGUCUUCUACAGUAGGAGAUUCCACCCUGACACCAUAGGCAGCCGAACUCAGCUGGCAGACAGGCUGAUGGAAUCGUUCUCCACCCUGUUUCCCUGCAACUCACUUUCAAACCAAUACCGCCAUCAAGUGCAUGAGAGAGACGACAGCACAUUCGUGAAUCGACGACUCGGCCCAAUGCUGUCAAAUGUCCAGAAAAUAGUACUUAAAUUAGAUGACUGGUGGGUUUGAUUUCAGAUUCAGUGUGGUUCUACCACACCAAAUACCUACAUAUGCAUAUUUCAAUAUAAGCACGUCAAUAUAUAUAAGCACCUCUCAUUGAUCUCAAAGGCCAGAUUUAAACACAGCAUCUGUUUCCCCUGAUGAAUGUAAUUGUAUGUACACAUCAUGUAAUAACAAUGGUAUUAUUUAUAGUAGCUUGUGUUUUAUACCCUUCUGGUGUAGAGCAUAUAAACAUGAAUAAACCCACCUAAUUGUCAUGAUAUCACAAUUUUCCAGGAAGUGGAAUUAGUCAAAUAUUAAAAUAUGUAGAUAAUUGUCUACCUACAUAAUGACACAUAUCAAUAAAAUAAUACACCAGAACACCUGAUUAAGUGUCACACAACACCUUCAAAUGUCUGUUACAUAAGCUUAUCACUGACGCUUGAGUGCCUGACCCGAUGAGCAGACAACCGACAUUUAAAUAUCUUCAUGUACAGUAGGCUGCAUUAACAAGAUGAAACCACUCAAUAUCGCGGUCUGCCGGUCGUUGGGCUAGUACAGGUGCAAUUCCUUCCACGUUGUGUAGGCUUCUUUUUUAUUUCAUAACCCAAAUUGCAUAGGUGACCUACUAUAGACUAACGGAAUAGUUGGGAACAUGUAAUUACACCUUCCCUUCUUCGCCCCUCUCUUUUCCACAUCUCUCACGUACACACACAAUCGGUGGAGUUGAGUCGGCUAGGUUAACAUCACUCGUUGCUAGUUGAGCGUUGUUGGCUUCCACCAUCAGGAAAUGGAGGAUGAGUGUGUAGCGAGCGACACAGAGGGAGGGGAAACUGACUAGACGUUUACUGGAAGUCCCACACAGAACGUGAGCGAGGUCUUCCAGUUCCAGUGGCAACAUUUUAAACAAAAAGAUGAGUGACGAAAAUAGACUUCAAGUUGAACUUUUUGUGAAGGCAGGCAGUGAUGGCCAGAGCAUUGGCAACUGUCCAUUCUCCCAGCGCCUCUUCAUGGUGCUGUGGCUCAAAGGAGUCACUUUCAACGUCACCACCGUGGACAUGAAGAGGAAACCAGAGAUCCUUAAGGACCUGGCCCCUGGUGCUCAGCCCCCCUUCCUGCUCUACGGGACGGAGGUGAAAACCGACACCAACAAGAUAGAAGAGUUCCUGGAGGAGAACCUGUCCCCUCCAAAAUACCCCCGCCUGGCUUCCAGGAACCCUGAGUCUAACACAGCCGGCCUAGACGUGUUCUCCAAGUUCUCAGCCUACAUCAAGAAUUCAAACCCCCAGCUUAAUGACAACCUAGAGAAAGGCUUGCUCAAGGCCCUGAAAAAGCUAGACGAAUACCUUGGCUCCCCACUUCCUGACGAGAUUGACGAGAAUAGCGCUGAUGAUGUCACUUCCUCCUCCCGUCCCUUCCUGGAUGGGCAGGUCCUCACUCUGGCCGACUGCAACUUGCUUCCCAAGCUGAACAUUGUCAAGGUGGUGUGUCUGAAGUAUCGCACUUUCUCCAUCCCCAAGUCUCUCUCCAACCUGUGGCGGUACCUGGAUGCUGCGUACGCCCACGAGGAGUUCUCCUCUACCUGCCCCAACGACACAGAGAUACACAUCGCCUACUCAGCCGUGGCUAAAGCACUUAAGUAGGAGGACAAGGGGAUCUCAUCAGUCACACACACCAGCAAAUACACACAUACACACACACCUGAUCAGAUAUCCUAGACACACUCACCUACCUACUUGUGGCACUGUACAUGUGGCAGCAUACACACACACCAAUGCACUCAAACAUACAGGCACUCCCUCAGACACACGCACACCAUUCCAACAGUCUUUCUUGAGAACAGGAAAUCAAAUCACUGUAAGAUCAAGUUGAACAUUUUUCAUUGACCACUUAAGAGUUUGUGAAACUCUCUGAGGCGUAUAGUUUAUGGUUCCCUUUUUGUCACGUGGCACAUCCACUCUUGAUACUGUGUAUUCAGGGGCAGUUACACACAGUUAAAGUUGUAUACACGGGCAGUAGGUUACAUAUGGUUGCAUCCAACUGAAGGUAUAGUGGUCUGUUCAGUCUCUAUGAUUAAUUCUGCACUGCAUACAUUGCCACAUUACCCCCUAUUAAUUUCUAUCUCUCGGCCAAGCCAUAAAAAAAACUGUUCCUGUUGUGAUUACACACAUACACGCAUACCUAGACCAGUUUAACUGCUACCUGCAGCUGAAAGAGAGAGGUUAGUUCUAGGCGUGUCUACAAUUAUACAUUAUUACCGACAUAUUAUUACAGUGUUGAUAUAUUGUUCAGGGCAAACAGCCGUUAACAGGGUGGAUGACAUGGUCAGUUUGAACCAGUCAUUUUAUACAUGCUAAAUGAUCAGAAGUUAGGCUCAGGGAACGGGAAAGCAGGUCUUGGGCCAAUUGUAGUACAUUGGGGCACACUAUACAGAGGUGUUUCUCAGCACACAUUUAUCCACACAGAAAACGAUUUCAACAGAUCUCGGCUUCUCCUUUCUCCGGCUUGUAGCGCUGUGAAGGGUUUAUCAAGCUUAUGUCCCCAUUGUAAAGGCUCUUUUGCUAGUGAAUCAAAUCAAAUUGUAUUUGUCACAUGGGCUGAAUACAACAGGUCUGUAGACCUUACAGUGAAAUGCUUACUUCACCAACAAUGUAGUUUUAAGAAAAUACCUUUAAAAAAAAAAGUCAAGAGAAUAAAGUAACAAAUAAUUCAAGAGCGGCAGUAAAAUAACAAUUGCGAGGCUAUAUACAGGGGGUAAUUCAAAGUGAAGGAUAUUUUUGAUACAAUAAAAAAAAAACUGUGAGAGGCUCCUAUUGCAGAGCAGUUGAGUUACUCCAGACAAAGUAAUAUGGCUAUUGUCGCUGUUUAUGUUAAACUAGGUUUUUGAGGAAGUACUUGACUCUGUAUGGCCUUGAGGCACCAAGCCCGUUCAGUCAUGUUUCACUGUAAAUCUGCGGGAAAACUACAGGAUGUAAUGCAGACGUGCACACACCUCCUCGCAUGACUAAACCAUAAACGUCACAUUCAUACAAAUUUGAGAUGUUCUUUGCAUAGAAACUGAAAUCUCCAAGGGGAGAAUGCUACGGGAUUGUGAGUUUGUACUCUUUGAUAUGGUUAAUGACAAUGAAAGACUCAAUUAAACUUGAAAAAAGAAAAGAGUUUGAACCUUUAGUGAGCCAAAGGAAGGGUUUUACUUGAGGUCUAUUGAGGUGGGUGUUGUUUAGGUUGUUUAAAUCGACAACACCUUUGAACCUACUACCGUCCUGUGCUUUGUAGUGCACACUUUGAAGUCUUCCAUUUUACAGUGACUUGAAAUUCAGUCCCCUGGGAAAGAACUGGAAAUAUUUGUUUGGGUUCUAUACAAUCCAUAUCAGCGUAUCAAGUUCAGCGUUACAGCGUGAUUGACAUUUAAAGGCAAUGUUCCGGCUUUAAAGGAGAUUGUAUUCACGCUAAACGCUGCAUAUGCCGCUCAAUCGGAAAUGAGCUCUCUAUAGUGCAAUCUUCAGCGACACAGAUCGAAUAGAGCGCUCAGACUGACUCAUAGAUGGUGCAGUCUCAUGGUACUGACUUAAGUGGAUCAGCUUAAAACAGCCUUGUUUUAAGCUGAUCCAAUUUGAGUGUACAAAACCUUUGUGUACAAAACAUUAGGAACACAUGCUCUUUCCAUGACAUAGACUGACCAGGUGAAUCCAGGUGAAAGCCAUGAUCCCUUAUUGAUGUCACCUGUUAAAUCCACUUCAAAUCAGUGUAGAUGAAGGGGAGGAGACGGGUUAAAGAAGGAUUGGAGACAAUUGAGACAUGAAGUGCGGUGACAUGCACAAAAUAAUAUGAUUAUUGUGGAUAGUCAGGUUAAUAUAGUAGUUUGCUUAAAAUGUUAACAUGCUUUGCAAGAAUACCAAUUUCCCUAAUGAUCCUGUUUACAUGGACACAUCUGAAGUCAGGCUACCUGAUGGGACUUUUGAUAAAUGCAGAAAAUAGCCAAUCAAAAUAAACGUUCUACCACAGUAACCAUGUUAUUUUUGAGAAGACUAUUAGAUUCUGAGUUCGGACACAAAGUUUGUGUGUGAAAGCUAUUUAUAAGAUGCAUACUUUCCGUUUUUAACAACUCACUUCACUCGCGUUUAAGAUGGAGACUUGCGCUACCGAUGCUGGCACAUGCUCAGAUCAAAUACACCGCUAAUAAUUUGAAAGAUUGCUCAGAAAACCAGUUGUUUUAAUCGGCGUAUGCUUACUUUGAUUUUGACCUUAAACCGAUUAGGAUAACCAGAGUAAGGGGUUUACAUGACUAAUGCCAUACGUGGCCUUCUGCCAUAAUCAGUUUAAUAUCGAAUGGUUAGAGGGUGAAUGGGCAAGACAAAAGAUGUAAGUGCCUUUGAACGGGUAUGGUAGUAGGUGCCUGGCGGACCUGUUUGAAGUGUGUCACGGUAAGUUCCCCGUCCACUCAGUCUCCUAGCUCCCCGUCCACUCAGCCUACUAGCUCCCCGCCCACUCAGUCUACUAGUUCGCCGUCCAGUCAGCCUACUAGCUCCCCGUCCACUCAGUCUCCUAGCUCCCCGUCCACUCAGCCUACUAGCUCCCCGCCCACUCAGUCUACUAGUUCGCCGUCCAGUCAGCCUACUACCUCCCCGUCCACUCAGUCUCCUAGCUCCCUGUCCACUCAGUCUACUAGUUCGCCGUCCAGUCAGCCUACUAGCUCCCCGUCCACUCAGCCUACUAGCUCCCCGCCCACUCAGCCUACUAGCUCCCCGCCCACUCAGCCU